AUGCUUCCUUUAGUUUGCAAAAGACUCUCCCUUUUAAAGUCCAGACCUCCACCCUUUGGUCAUGGCUUCUCUUUAUUCCAAUCUUUUAUCAGACCCAUGUCAGAAUCGUCUAGCUCCAAUGACCCACAAAACUUUACGGUUUCUUACCUCCAAAACUCAUGUGGGUUGUCCCACAAUUCUGCCAUUGCAGCUUCUAAGAAGCUCUUAUUUGAAAACUCUGAACAACCCGAUUCAGUAUUGGAGCUAUUGAGAAGUCAAGGGUUAACAAAGUCCCAAAUUGAGAAGAUUAUAGUCACUCGUCCUCAAUUGCUUGAGGCUAAUUUGGAAGAUACACUUAGGCCUAAAAUGGAGUUUCUUAAGUCUUUGGGGUUUUCUGGUGCUAGCAUGGUGAAAUUGGUGACUAAAGACCCUCGUAUGCUUGAUUGUGAUUUAGUGGAAUCAGUUCAGUUGUUUAGAGCUCGUGGUUUUAGUGAUGAGCAAAUCAAAGGGUUGACCAUGAAGCUUCCUUCAUUGCAUUUCUACAAUGUAAACAAGAUUGUUAAACCAAAACUUGAGUUUUUUAAGUCUAUGGGGUUUACAGCUGAGGAUGUUGCAAGAAUUGUUUCUUCUGAGCCUUAUAUAUUAGAAAGGAGCCUGGAAAAUCAUAUCAUUCCUUGUAUUGAAGUGCUUAAGAGGGUUCUUGGCACUGAUGAGAAUGUUAGAAAGGUAAUAAAAGCUUGCUAUUGGAUACUUGAGUACAAUUUAGAAAAGAUGCUUGAGCCAAACAUAGCAAUGUUGAAGAGCCAUGGUGUUCCUGAGAAUAUAAUCAUGAAUAUGUUCUUAGCUCACCCAAGAACAUUUCUUUUGAGGCCUCAGCAGAUUACUGAGAUUCUUGCUGAAGUUGAGAAGUUGGGUUUCAAUCCCAAUACUUCUCUCUUUGUUCUAGCCAUUCGUUCCAUGGCUGUGAUGAGUAAAACACUUUGGGAGCAAAAGGUGGAAGCUUACAAAAGUUUUGGUUUGACUGAAGAUCAGGUGUACACAGCAUUCAAAUUGCAACCUAUGUGCAUGAUUACUUCAGAGAAAAAGAUCAAGAAAGUGAUGCAUUUCCUCAUCAACAAGUUGAAUAUGGAUGCUUCUAUGAUUUGCAGGAAUCCAAAUCUUCUAAUGCUUAGCUUGGAGAAGAGACUUAUUCCUAGGAGUUCAGUUCUGCAACUUUUGAUAUCAUCAGGUUUUUUGAAGGAAGAUAUCAACAUAAUCUAUUAUCUCAGAAUGCCUGAACAGCAAUUUGUUGAGAAGCUGGUGAGAAAGUAUAAGCCACUGCUUCCUAACAUUGUUAAUGCACACGAAGGAAGAAUAGAAUUUCUAGGCUUUCCAGUUAUCUUAAAGUCAUAACUACUAUAAAGAUGAAGAAGAGUAUCAUUGUAUCAAGAAUACCAAGAGCUAAGAUUGAGUUCAUUGUCUAGUUUGGGCUAAAUUCACAAGAGGGUUGUGUCUCUAAAGGUGAGUCCUUUAUACAGAUUGGUUGGUGGUGGCUUGUAGAUUCUUUCUAUGGUGGUAUAGUCGUAGUGUGGCCUCCCUAGAUUUGAGCUAUCAUGGUGAACAUGUCUUGGUUCUAUGGUGUUAAUUAGUGGGGAUGAUAUCAUACAAUUUGAGGAUCAUCAUUCUUGCCAUCAAGUCUUUUCUCCCCUCUAUUUUUGGCUGCUUUUUUGUGACUGAGGAUCUUUCUUUGUUUUUUGUCCUAUGUAGAUCUACUAAGAAAAGAGAUAUAAUCAAAUAACGUUGUUGAAAA